UUGGCGGACGGAAUUCACUUAACCACAGCUGUCUUUUCGGUAAUUAGACAAAGGUAUUCUUUUUUUGUGGUUGCAGUUGUUUUUUCCUCUCUCUCUGUUGUUCGACUUUCACUCAAUGCUUUGAUUAAAUGGCUUGAUCCACGCCUCUCGUGGGAUCCGGAAUCGUUUGACAAUAUUCGCGAGGUCAAUGUCCCGUCCAACAAGUUGUGGAUACCCGAUGUGGGUGUGAUGAACGGGAAGAGCAGUACCGAUUUCGAUUUCAGCGCCGGUGCUCGAAGUCGUCUGACUGUGAACUCCGAGGGUGAAGUCACGUGGCUUCAUGGAGCUGUACUGGAUACCACUUGCCCUCUAGACGUCUCUUUCUUUCCCUUUGACUAUCAAACGUGCUUUCUCAUCCUGACCCCAUGGCAAAGUAGUGAACAGCAACUUUUGCUUCGACCGUUCUCGCAUGGAUCGGCAGUGGACAACAGUUAUUUGCCUAACUCGAAUGUGAGCGAAUGGGAAAUACAGUCGGUUCAUUUUGCCAGCAAAAAGUAUCGGAGUGAUCUAAAUGUAACCUAUCAGUAUGUGAGUAUCGGCAUCCAUCUGAAGCGACAACCACUAUAUUUUGUGGUCCUUGUUCUAGUCCCCUUCUCUAUGCUCUCCGCACUGGCUUGUCUCAUUUUCACCCUGGAUGACACCGGAGAUCGGUUGUCGGUAGCGCUAUCGCUUGUGUUGAGCAUGACCAUGUAUGUAGUCAUUGUCUCGUCAAACGCACCACGCUCGAUGCGGACUUUACCGGUUCUCGGUAAGUUUAUUUCCAUACUUAUCUCCUUUACCCUUGGAGUAACAUAUAGCCGACUUUUCAUCGAUCAUGCACCCUGUAGGGCAGUCUAA